GAUCCACAGUCCAGCAUGAGUGGGCGUUGCAAGAGGUUAUUUAAAAGGCUGGCCAGGCCUCGGCUCGGUCUACGCGUUGUGGAUCUGGACAGAGGUCACAAGUCUCUCUGUGUUUUUUACUGAAGGAUUCAGUCAGACAAAGGACCCAGGGUGGACACACACAGCAGCCAUGGCAGACAAAGACAUUAAGAAGUCCAAGAAAAAAAGUGCUACUGUCUGUGGCUACCCAAUAAGCAUCUUUUUCAUUGUGGUCAAUGAGUUCUGCGAGCGUUUCUCCUACUAUGGCAUGCGAGCUGUGCUGGUGCUGUACUUCAAGUACUUCCUGAGGUGGGACGAUGACUUCGCCACCACUAUCUACCAUACCUUUGUGGCUCUCUGCUACCUGACACCCAUCCUGGGAGCCAUUGUUGCUGAUUCAUGGCUCGGCAAGUUCAAGACUAUUGUUUACCUGUCCAUCGUUUACACGCUUGGACAGGUUAUCAUGGCAAUAAGUGCUAUCCAUGACAUGACAGAUGCAAACAAGGACGGCACCCCCGACAACAUGACCGUCCAUGUAGCUCUAUCCAUGGUGGGUUUAAUGCUCAUUGCCCUCGGUACAGGAGGCAUCAAACCCUGCGUGGCUGCCUUUGGUGGUGACCAGUUUCAAGACCAUCAGGAGAAGCAGAGAAGCACCUUCUUCUCCAUCUUCUACCUGUCUAUCAAUGCUGGCAGUCUGCUGUCCACUAUCAUCACCCCCAUCCUUAGAGCUCAGGAGUGUGGUAUUCACAGCCAGCAGAAGUGCUACCCGCUGGCCUUUGGUGUCCCCGCUGCUCUCAUGGUGGCAGCUCUGAUUGUGUUUAUUGUUGGAAGUGGUAUGUACACUAAGACCGCCCCUCAAGGCAACAUCUUGGUGAAAGUGUGCAAAUGCAUCGGGUUUGCUAUCAAGAACCGGUUUCGGCAUCGUGGUUCUGAAUACCCCAAGAGGACCCACUGGAUGGACUGGGCUGAGGAGAAGUACAAUAAACUCCUGAUUGCCCAGGUGAAGAUGGUGGUGAAGGUGCUGUUCCUCUACAUUCCUCUGCCCAUGUUCUGGGCUCUCUUUGACCAGCAGGGUUCGCGAUGGACCCUCCAGGCAACCACCAUGGACGGUGAUUUUGGAAUUCUCACAAUCCAGCCUGAUCAGAUGCAGACUGUCAAUCCUAUCUUGAUCCUGGUUUUGGUUCCAAUCGUGGACAGUGUGAUCUAUCCGCUGAUUGCCAAGUGCAAAUUGAACUUUACUCCGUUAAAGAGGAUGACUGUGGGGAUGUUCCUUGCUGCUCUCGCAUUCAUCGCUGCUGCCCUGGUCCAGAUACAGAUUGAUAAAACCCUGCCUCAGUUCCCAUCAAGCACUGUUGGCCAAGGGAAGUUCAUCAACAUGAUUAACAGACCGCUGGACGUCCAAGCUGGAACCAACAAGUUUAACCUGCAGCCUUUCAGGGCCAAUGAGGAUUACCUGAACUUUGACGAACCAUUUGAACUGACACUGGGGUCUAAUGAAACCAACCGAGUCAGUUUAGUGGCUGGCAAUCGUAGUACCGGGGUCAUCGUUCAGGAUGAGUCCAACUCCCAACCCAGGGCUAUAUGGUUUGUGGACAUCAAAUCCAAGCCGGAACAGGGCGCUAAUGCUAUCAGAUUUUUGAAUGGUUUUGGCUCUGUUUUGAAUGUGACAGCAGGUAACCUGCAGUUUGGGGAUAUCGGCAUAAACAACAUGUCAGACUAUGUUUUGGUACCAAAGGGACGUGCACAGUUCCACAUCAAGAAAGGUACUGGUGAAGAAUGUAACUACAAUUACAACAUGGGCUUCGGCAGCUCUUUCACCUUCAUCAUCCCGACAACCUUCACAUUUGGACCAGAUUGCAGCCUGAGCAUCCAACCAGUGAUAGACAUCAAGCCUAACACCAUCCACAUGGCCUGGCAGAUUCCUCAGUACUUCCUCAUCACUGCAGGAGAGGUGAUCUUCUCAGUCACUGGGCUGGAGUUUGCCUACUCACAGGCACCCAGCAACAUGAAGUCUGUGCUGCAGGCUGGUUGGCUGUUAACUGUUGCUGUCGGUAACAUCAUUGUGCUCAUUGUCGCCGAGGCAGCAACUCUCUCAGAUCAGUGGGCAGAGUACAUCCUCUUCGCCUCUCUGCUGUUGGUAGUGUGCUUCAUCUUUGCCAUCAUGGCCCAUUUCUACACCUACAUUGACCCGGCCAAGAUAGAAGCCCAGUUUGCCGAGAAGGACCCUAAAGACAAGGAGAAGAAGAAGAGUGUGGAGAUGACCAAGAAGGACUCGGUUGAGCAUUGCAGCGAGGACAGGAGGAGUUCUGACUCCAGUUCUGACGAGGAGGAAACCAAACAGACCAAGAUCUAAAGCUUCUCCACGUCUUUACAAAUGCUGCUUGGUUCGGUGUUUCAGGUCUGAGUCCAGUGCACUGCUGGGCAUGUAGUGGUUAGAAAAAAUGGAUGAUGUGAGUGAAAUGGUACUGAAGUUGGCAGAACACAGACAUAAGGCUAAUGGUAAAGCUCUUGGUGGACAGUGUUAGUGAAGGAUCUUGGGGGGGGGGGGGGGGGGGGGGGGGGGGGGGAUUAUUCACACUAUUAUCACCAUUUUGGCUCACAAUCUUUAAAGAAUACUCCCUUUUAGAAGUUACUUAAACAAUUAAAAUCCCUGGAGAUUCAUUGGUUAAUUUGUGCUUCAGCUGUUGUAAAUCUGUUUUUUUACAAUGAAUUAUUUUGCACUGUGUAGCAACAUUGUUGUGUAAUUUUAGUUUCAUAGGCUUUUGUAAUGGAUUACACAUACAAAGAAAACAUUCCGACAUUUGUAUUUAUUUCCAAGCACAGGGUUGUAUGUAAUGUAUAUAUGUUGUUUUAGUAUUAUUAAUAUAUAUAU